GGGCGGGCGCGGCCGCGUUCCCCUUCCGGGUCGGCGCGGGGCGGCGGGCGCUGCACGUGGGCGGCGGCAGAAUGAUAAUAAAGAAAAAGAGAAAAGAAGUUCAAUUGGAACCUGUACAGAAAAAGAAAAAUGUGAAAAGUGGCAGGAGCCAUAUUAUCAUCAAAGGUGGGGAAGAUGUUCAAACUGUCAUUAAAACUGAGGAUGAUGACCAGCUUGAGACAAAAACAAAGGUAAGGAAAAAGGAAAACUUAAAAGAAGAUGACUGUUUACACCAACUGGAACUGAAGAAGAAGAAGAAGAAAAACAAGAAAAAGAAAGUUGACUCUGAAUUACUGGAAGAAGCACAUUCAGAAAGCUUUGUGAAUGUAGGAGGCCAUCCGGAUUCCAAACCUCAAGAAGAAUCAGAGGAAGAAACUAAAAUUCUCAAAAAGAAGAAAAAAAAAGUUCAAUGUCAUUCCUCCUUAUCAUUGGAGAAUAAUGAGACUAGUGAUGCAGAGCUUUCAAAUCAUCAUACAGAUGGUACUAAGGAAAACGAAUUUGCUUUUAAAAAAAGCAGAAAAAAUACUGCUUUGAAUUUGGAAUUGGAUGAUGAAGUACCUAAGAAAAAAAAGGAAGUAACUAAGAAAAAAAAGAAGAAAGACGAUUUUUCAUUAGAGGACAUCCAGGACAGCGAACAUAAACAGUCUGAAAAAGUUCGUAAAAAACCACACAAAUACAUUUCAGAAGAAAAAGCUUUUACUGGCGAAAACCAUGGAACAGAUAUUAUCCAGAAUGAUGGGGAGAAUUACGUGAGAAGAAAGAAGAGGAAGAAAAAGAAAGAUAAGUCCAUCUCCUUUUUAUCACCAGCAGAUACUCGGGACAACAUCUAUGGAGUUCCCGACAGCCCCAUUGCAUUAAGAGACUUCAGAAAAAGGCAAAGAAAGAACUUCCAUGAAACUGCAUUCACAAAUAGAGAGGAAGAGGAUGCUACUGAGAACUCCGGAAGUAUCAGAGAGACCAAGAGGAAGAAGAAGAGAAGCAAAGAUGUUUCUUCCUUAACAUGCGAAGAUGACCAAGGCUACAGUCACAGAGUUCCUGAUAAGCAUCUCCCUGCACAGCAAGAAGUUGAGUCUGAAGAAAAAGAGCUUUCUGGAAAAAAAUGCAGGAAGACUAUCAAGGGUAAUAAUGAAUUAAUUGAGAAGAAAAAGAAAAAGAAGAUUCAGAAAGAGGAGGAGGAAACAACAUAUUCAAAAGUUUCUUUAAGCAAUGACAGUGUAUCUAAAAGCCAAAAAAUAACGCUACUAGAAAGCAAUAAAAAGAACAAAGAGAGUGAGAUGAAGCGAGCUGAAUGUGUCGCAGAGAAUGUUGUAGAUAGGGUAUUAUGCAUGAGUAAUCACACGCUCUGUGACAAAAAAAGGAAAAAAAGAAAAAAAGAAGUACCACAGGACUCUGCUGAAGAACAAGGUUCACAAGCAAAUCCAAAAAAGAAAAAGAUCAAAAGUGAAGACAUGGGAAAUAAGGCACUGGAACACAUGGAUGAUGUAACUAUUGUGCAGGAAAAAAAAGGAAACUGUGAUGAAAUUAACAUAGACAAGGUGAGGCGGCAGGCUCUGCAAGAAGAAAUUGAUAGAGAAUCUGGCAAAACUAAGGUUUUCAGUCCCAAAGUGGAACGGGGUACAAAGUUUGGCCAGUGGAGUACAGCUGCUUUUCAAAGUUCUGAGGAAGAAACGAAGUUUUUUAGACUGAUGGGUGGCUUUAAAAAGGGCUCCGUACCUACCCAAAAUCUCUCAGCUACUACAAACAAACCAAACAUGGCUCUGAACAGGGAAGGGGAGGAGAAGUUACAGCAGGCUCUGAAGAUGGAAUUUGAUAAAGCAAUGGACUUGAAGCAACACAGAGGAAUCGGUCUUGGAUUUCAACCUGCUGCCAACAAAAAAGUAUACAUAGACAAAUAUACAACUAGAUCUAUAAAAUUUGAAGAUUAAAAUUCUGAAGUAAUAACAAGAAUGAAAAUUCAACAGGCAGAUUUAUUUUCACUUUCAACAUCUUUUUACUUGAAAUAAAAUAUGAAAUGUUUAAGAAAUUUGAUUUAUGAGGCACUUUUAGUACAAGUUUUCAACUGCAUACGCCAGAUUAUGUGGAGCUGGGCCCUCACUUCAGCUAAACAGUAAGUUUUUGAAACAUUUACAAUGUUUUCUGCAAGGCAAGGGACAGCCUCCUUCAAAGACUGAAGAUAUGUGGGCAAUGCCUGCCACAAGUUGAAACUUACUAAUUUUUUUUUUAAAUACUGAUUUCAUAAACUUAUUUUUAGCUACAUCUUAGUUAUUCAAAAUGAUUUUAGUGUUCUGUAAAAUCUUCACAUUUUUACACUCAGCGAGUGGUAUAAAGUGGUGGCGUUUUACUUUGAAGAAAACACUGCUGGUAUGCUUACAAAUGUGAUGAGGGGAGACUUAACUCAGGAAGUAGUUUCUUAAAUAUUAGCAUCUUCAUUAUAAUAAUGAAUAGUGUUGAACAUCCUCUAUAUUUUAACUAUGCUCUGGCAGUUGGAUUUUCAAGCAGCAGCUGUUAUCUGUUAAAAGGUAAGUGCUUUCUGGAUAUCAGCUCAUAUAUAUGGAUCUACACUUCCUAAAUUAUAGAAAGCAAGGUAAUUUUAAUAAUGUGCAUAUUGGGUGUGUUAUACAUCCAUCUGAAUGAAAUUUCUAACCUCUGGAUUUUCAGACAACCUGCACUUUCACUGGCUUUUUAAUAAGAGUACAAAACAUGAGACUGCGUUUGUGUGUCGUGUUCAAAAUUCAAGGGUCCAAAACAGUCUGUGAUUGUCUUGCUUGAAGUUACAAAAAGAUAGAGAGAAAAAACUGUCAUGUACUUUAUUACUGGCUGUGCCAUUGGUUGUGGGAGACAGUGCUGUCAAGUUUUAGUGUAGCUCUGGUUCUUAAACAGAAUAAGGUGACUCUCUCUUAUGUCCGUGCCUGCUGUAGUAUAAUAGUGGACAACUUGCAGGGGAACCUCGUCCCCCACCCUGAAUUAGGUUAGUAUCUCUGCUUACCCAGCUCAUUGUUCUUCUGCCAAGUUACCUAGCCUUUUUCAUAAGCUCAUGCCAACUGAUCUACUACAUCUCUUGCUCUUUUAAGGUAACCUCAGUUUCCACAGUAGUCUUUUCCAGUGGACUGCUCUACCUGAAAGCAGCUGCCUCCAGCAGAAAAUGCACUGAACAAAACACCAGUUGGUUCCAAGGCACUUUGGGCAACUCCUGAAGGGAAGUGAAAAUUAUGCAGAAGCUCCAGCUUAAGGGGUUGCCAUGAAUCCAUUCCCAUCACUUGCAUCACUUCCUGCAGGGUCUGAACUUGUCUUUGAAGAAACCAUCUCCUUUAAAGUGUCAUUUAAAACCACCACUACCUCAGGGUGAGUCUGGUUUUGCACCAGUGCUCUCAAAGCUCAGCAACUGGCUUCAGCUGGCCCUUCAAGGCUUCAGUUGUUGCUUUACUUAAAUUCAGGUAGUGGAGGUUCUACUUUCUCGUUUAAGGCAAAUGCUGAAUUCAGGCCCUCAGCUACCUGCCUGGCAAAAAAAAAAAAAAAA